AUGACCAAGGCAACAAUGAAGGUCACCUGGAAUGAGAAGGCUGAUGCCAAGUUGCUGGCUGGCAUUCUAGCUACCAGCCCAACCCCCAUCGAUUUCCACGCUCUUGCGGAGUACAUGGGUGAUGGCAAGUUCACUGCCUGUGCCGUCCGCCACCGGGUUACUCGCCUUCGAGCCAAGGCCGAAGGGAAUGAUGGCAGCGGUACCUCUGCCUCUGCUUCGCCUGUGGCCAAAAAGCGCCAGCGCUCCACCCCCAAGAAGUCCACAAAGGCUACGUCCGCUCAGUCUGAGGACAUUGAUGCUGAAUCCGGUGAAGGCCUUGUUCUCAAGGACGAGGAAACUGAUGAUGAGGACGUGAAGGGCAAGAAGCCAAAAAUCAAGCAAGAGGACCACGAGUGA